AUGAUCGCCAGUACCCUUAUGACCUUGGCCCGGGGACACGCUGGCUCCUGUGAGCUUGAAGGUUCGGAUUUCGUGCACAUUGCCCAGUCGUUCAGUGGGCCUACAGCCCAUCUCGUUGAUGACUUUGUGGAAGACCGGGAACUUCCUGUUGUCCACCAAGUGUUGCUUGGUAUCGAACGUAACAUGGGUUCACUGGAAGACUAUUUGGCCAGUUUGGGGCAAGCUCCGUUGCCGCCGGAGAUCAUAGACGCCUACGACGCGUGCGGCCAGACGGCACUUGCGUGGGCUGUAGAAUACGGAUGGCCCGAAGCCACGAAGGUACUUCUACAUUACGGGGCAAGCGCCCGUCGACCAAGGCCGUCCCUUCGCGGGGAGAUGCCUCUGUUGAAUCUAGCCAUCGCCUGUCCUGCUUCGACUGGCUCACGCAGGGACUUGGUAGACGUCGUUAAAUUGCUCCUUGAGGCGGGCGCGGACGUAAACAGCGUGGACCACGAAGGUUGGACAGCACUGCAUGUCGCCGCAUCCUGGAACAACGCCGCGGUCAUCGAGGAACUCGUGCGAUUUGCGGGUGGUGCUUUGAACUGGGACGCCUUGACAGACGACGGUCAGACCGGACAGACCCUGUCGUUGGGUGCUGGGUUUGACAAACGAGUACAGGAUAUUUUCCGAAACCAGAAAGUUUCCCAGAUGGAGGUUGAUUCAAGUGAUUCUGAGUCGGACGAAUUUUUUGACAGCGUCGACGUACAAUGUUAA